AGGAGCCAAUUUUGGUGGCUCCUGCCAUCAGUCCGCUGAUGGCUCUUGAGGUGUGUGGUAGAUUUUCUCUCCCAGUGCUGUGCAGAAUGGUUACGGUUAAGGUUUUUUGGUGAAGUAGUUUUUUUGUGUGCUGGAAGCUGUGUGCUAACAAAUUGGACAAUUCUCACCGGACGGUUGCCGGCGGAGCAAUUUGCGGCCGUGUCACAGUGGAGAUUAUAUUUCCAUAUCACUUUGGAAUAUUAUUGCCAUCCGAUGUUUGCACAAUCAGCAACGGCUUCUGCAUGAGCAAAUGUUGCCGCAUCGUGCACCAUUCGCCAUCACCCGCCAAGUAGAGCGCAUUAAAUUGUCUGCCAAGUGGAAGAAAUCAGAUUCCACCAAAUAAGCGUACAACCGAAACGAGCCAGUAGCUAGCAGGAAAAGCGAAUCGCAGAAAAAAAGUGCUCAAGUGAGAAAAUGAUGCCCCAAUCGGUUGCAACCAGCUCCCGCCGGUCGGUAGGCAAAAUAUGUAAAAUUGAAAUCGGAAAAUGUUUACUUUUCGUCACACUGCUAACGAGUGUUUGCUUUCGAGCCAUCCGGACCGACGAGGGCGCCUCGGAUGCUCACCCCCCGACGACAAAUGAACCUGAAACAGCAACCGGGUGCCCUCCACCAGAUUUUAAAAUCUCUCGCUCACGGAAAUCGUUUGCCAGCACAGAGGUGCCAUUCGUUACUUUCGAAACAACCCAGGUCAAUCUGCCGCAGGAUUUUACAACAGCCGACUUUGAACUUGUGGAUGGAGGGAAAGCAGCUGCCUUAGUGGGCCAUGGUUUGAACAUCCAGUAUGCUCAGCUUCACGAUUCCCACGAUACUCCAUUUUGGUGGGAAAUGGGCAUCCAGAAUGCCGAAGCAAGGGCUUCACUGGCUGCGGCGUCGUUUCCUUCAUACAAAAAUAGAGCGAAGAGAACCAUUGUACGAGCUGGGCGUUAUCGGCGAUCUCCCUUUGGUCAGGAUGGACAAGACAUUGCAUUGCACCAGGAGCUGACACCGGUGAUCGUCAUCAAUAAUAUAUUCAACGAGAACGACAGCGAUCAUAGCGUGUUUGAUAAUGUAUUUUUAAACAGUAAACAAUUAGAGCAAGAAGCAGAAGAAGAAGGCGGAGAUGAAGUUGAUGAUCACGAUCGAUACAUUGAUAGGAACGAGAUUGGCGAAGUACUCGAAGCAGAGGUUAUUGGCGUUCACGAAGUUAAGACGAGGGUGAAACGAAAGUCGGGUAAAACGACGGGAGCGUUAAGUCGCGCCAAAGGAAGCGGAGGAGACACUGGAAGCAAGAGUAUUACCAGACAUAACAAACAAGAACAUGAUCUAGAUAUCUCGGACUCGGAGCAAGAUGGCCGCAAAAUGCGCGACGAGAGCGUUACCGCAGAGGACAACGCUCAACCCUACCAGGACGAUUCCAUGGUAAGGGUGAAGCGUAAGUCUGGUAAAGCAACUGGUGCGCUUAGCCGGCCGAAAGGCGGUAGCGAUAGUGGCAGUAAAAGUAUCAGUCGAAAUGCCAACAAAGGUCAAUACGAUGAAGACGGAAGUUAUGUUCCACCGCUACCCGAUUCCCGUGAGAGUCCGGAUGAGGAAAAAGAAAGCGAGGAAAUCGAAGAGAGUCCUGAGCUGCAUGCAUUCCGAGAGGUUUCGGAGGUCAGAUUCCCAGGCGAGGUUGGCCCUCUAGGAGGACACCGUUUGUGCAAAAUUCAGUGUAUAAGAGGUCAUUGGGUAGGUCCAUUAUGUGCUAUGAAUGAACACGAACAGGACGAAAAUGGGCAGCUGAAGUUCGAGCCACUAUAUAAACGAUGUGUGGUAGAUCGUAUACCGCCUCACUUGCUGCUGAGCUAUAAAAACGUUUCUGUGACCUCUGGUUGGGACUUACCACAUGGUCACACCCUUCAAGCCAGAUGUCGAGAUUUAGGCUUGUACAAGUUGCUAGGCGAGACGAAAGUACUAUGCUCAAAUGGUCUUUGGGCUCCUAAAAUGCCUUCCUGUGUACCGACAACACUAUUAACAAAUUAUUCGGACGACAGCCCACCAUCGAUUAGAAUCAAGGUAGGCGUUGGAUCAGCAGCUUACGAGCCCUCCGGUGUGCUAGCCGUUCUACCGACCAGUACCAUUCAUUUGGAUUGCAUGUACCCGAGACGACGAGGAUCACCAGAGUGGACCUGGACUGGCUGGUUCCGACAGUAUUUGACCGAUGUGCCCGACAGGGACACUAUCGUUAACCAAUUCAACCCAAUACCUGAUUUUUUCCAAAUAGGUUGGUCAGCUGUGCCAGAAGAAAAAGCAUCCCGCUAUCGACUAACGAUUAAGGACAUUCAAAACCAAGAUUCCGGAACGUACACCUGUGCGUCACCACGCGGACUUACCAAUAGUAUCGUCAUCAUAGUGGCUAUAUCACAAUGUGCGGCACUUUCGGAGCCUAAACCUCCUCUCUCGUUGCGACUGGAAGGAAUCAAAUUGGGACAAAGGGCGUUGUAUAGAUGUCCUCUCGGUUACACGUUGCAAGGUACAGCGAAUGCAACGUGUUUGGCAUCGGGAAAUUGGUCCUCACCACCGCCAAACUGUCACCCGAUACAAUGCCCUCCGUUAUUCCUGGAAGAUCCUCAUCUCAGCCUUGUCGAGCUGAACACGUCCGCAUGGGGAAGAGCGGUUUUCCGUUGUGCGUGGGGCUACCGGCUCAGUGGCCCACCUGGACUGGAAUGCGAACCGAAUGGCCAUUGGAGUGGUCCAAUCCCAAGAUGCCGUGCAAUUCAAUGUCCCCAGCCCCUGAUACCAAUAAAUGGUCGCAUAGAUGGUACUAGUGGAUUAAACACGUUUGGACAGCGCCGUUAUGCCGUUGGAGCGCUGGUUACGUUCAGCUGUACCGAGGGCCAUCUACUCGUAGGCGAAGCGUCGAUAGUGUGCACUGAAACCGGCUUCUGGUCCCAUCCACCGCCGUUUUGUAAGGCCCAGUGUCCAUAUCCUGGCGAUCCACCGAACGGGCUGAUAGCUCCACUUAAGUUCCACUACGAUCCGGGAGACUACCUGACGGUCCAAUGUCGCCCGGGUUUCGUCGAACAUGGAGCGAACGGUGGACCGCCAGAGCGUCCGCGUUGUACCCCGGAGGGCGACUGGUCCGGACCGGUUCCACAGUGUCGAAGCUACGAGGAGAUAUAACUAUACUGAAAUGGAACAGUCCGCGCUCGAAAGGGGCCUACUUUGUGAUAACAGUGAAGUUUAUACAGGACAAAACUCUUGUUUGAGGUGAGAGCUAGAAAACAAUGUCAUCAACAGCAAAUAAAAUGGUUUAGUGUUUUAUAUGAAAGUACAACUUGAAACGGUUUUACCCUGUAGCAGGUGACAAAGUUAGUAUUUGUAGCCAUCCAAAAAGACACGUGGUACUGAAAAUUAGUUGAUGCCAUGAUACCACUCGUACCAAAAGUUAAAGGUCACUCCCAAAGCAAUUUCUUUGACGAAUUUACUCUCCAUAAAUAUGUAGACGUAUAGCAGUUGUUAUAUAUACAUAUAGUAUGUAAGGUAAACCCAACGUUGAAGAAAACACUAUUGUUGUAAAUAUUAUGCAAAUGCAACCGAAGAAAAUAUAAACGGAGAAAUGUUUAUUUAUUCCCAUCUAAUACCAUUCUAUCAAAGCUACAUGAACACUAAUGUUAAACAAUCAUAUCUUGAGAGAAAAAAAAGCAUACACACUUUGUCUAUCAAAUCUAUGUCAUACGCUUAAAUUGUGGAGAUCAAAUCACUACUCGCUGGUAUACCCUUUUACAAUUUACCUUACAUUUACCCUAUCAAUUAAACCAGGUGCUUGAAACAUAGCUAAUGUGUUUCUCUAAGUGCAUUCUACUGAAAACCAAAAACUAUCAACCUGUUGAACAACGCAUAAAGUCUCAACUGCAAAAUCUAUGAAUUUGCCAUAUCCACCUGGUUUAUACACAAAUAAAAGAAAUAAUCAAACCUUCCAUAUAGUCAUAUACGGAUUAAAUCUUUAUCUUGGAAGAGCGCUUUGGUUUAAAAUUCCAGCAAAAAAUAUAUCACUCAAAGAAGACCACAUAAUCAGAUUGUUAUUAUGUAAAACUAAUUAUGACAACAUGGAAUAAAAUUGCAUGUAAAACAAAUCCAA